CUAGGGGUGUGCUCAACUGUGUGGAAAUAAGAGGGAAAGCUAACAUUCUCCAUCAUGUACCCUCCCAUAUACCUUUCCUCACUGCUUGAGGCUCCUUAAAAGGUGCUGCCAGUAGUGUCUGUCUGUCUUAUCAUCAGUGUCUUGCCAGGAGGAAAUAUAUCCACCUAUUAUAGACAGAAAGACUGCAGUCUGAGGAGUUACACGAUUCUGAGGACAGAAAAUCUUCACAGAAAACAUAUUAACCUCUAUUAGGAAUUUGGAUGAAAUUACUUAUGGAAAUCCUUCCAAUCAAGAUGUUCCUGCACGUAAACAUAUUGAUGCUGCUUGUCCAGAAGGUUGCUUUGUCAAGCAUCCCAACCAGACCAUCAGGAGGAUGUCCCACCUGCACAGGAGAGUCUGUUGAUUUGCAUGUGGCCUCUUUGUCUUCUGGUGAGCCAUGCGGUAUCUACACUCUGAGCUGUGCCCCGGGUCUGCGCUGUGAACCUCUAAAGGAUGAGCUGAGGCCCCUGCAUGCCCUACUGGAGGGCAGAGGAGUCUGCAGCAAUGUCAGCAGCACUACACCGGCUACACAUGUCUACACAGUAGAACUGGCGCCAACUGAGGAUCCCAAUGAGGCUCCCUGCCGCAAACUGCUAAUGAAAGUCAUCAAAAGUCUUGAUGCCCAUUUAUUUAAGUCCAAUCAUGAUGUCUACAUGCCCAACUGUGACAAAAGUGGUUUCUACAAAAAGAAGCAGUGCUGGUCAUCUAGGGGUAAGCAGCGUGGAAAGUGUUGGUGUGUGGAUGAGAACGGCGUCCCCGUCCCACCGAAGACUAAACGAAAGCGCAACGUGAUCUGCUGAGGAGCACGAUAGAUUACACACAUGAAGGAGCAUCGAACUUAAUAAACUGAACACACUGUUUCGUAUGAUACAUUUCCAUCAGAUGGAAACAGAUCUUCAUCCCUGAGGAGCCGUUUUACAGGGAGGUCAAACUUUGUCUACUUACGCCCUCUGCUGAACACACUCAGACUGUGCUGAUUGGAUUCUUUCACUUUCGCCUGGAUUGCAUAUUGUUAUUUAGAGUAUGCAUUCAGUCAAUAUCUGACUGCAAUUAAAUAAAAUCAGAAGUUAGACUUUUUUAUAUCAUUCACCCAAAAACUAAUACUUUUUUUCUAUUCUACUCAAACUUUAAAAAUGAAGUUAUUGGAUGUUCUUAAAGAAUUCAAAGCACAACCCAUUAAUGAUACAUUACAAACUCUUUUACAAAUAUAAUUAUGUUGGUUUAGGCGCUUUAUGUCUUUGGGUUGUAUCAUAUUUACAUAUUUUCAUAUUUUGCUCCUUACUUUCCUUUGAAACUACUCUAACUUUAUCAUAGUACCUGCUGCAUACAAAACUUGUAACCAUAUUUAUGUUACUGUAUAUAGGUCUAUUUAUGUUUAUAUUGAUCAUUAUAGUAGUGUUAGAUAUAAAAGUGAACACUAGAACUCCUUUGAGGGAACCUAGGAACCUGAACUGUUUUUAUUUAUAACAUUUCAUGACUUUUAAUAUUGGUGAAGACUGAUAAUUUAAGGCAGUCUUACAAUAAUGUCCUUGAUGAACUGCUUUUUGUGUAUUUGAUUCUUAUGAAUUAAAAUAUAGUAAAAAAAAUAUUAUUUUCUCAUUUCUUUUUUAUAUAAACAAUGUCAAGAAAUUCAUGAUCAAGAAGUCACAUACCUGUAAUCUGUAUGAUUUGUCUAAAAAUUUGUAAAGUAGCUUUAAACUUGUUGUAUUUCCUGUA